CGCCCCUCAGCGGACCCGGCUUUCACGCCUGCCCAGGCCCCGCACCGCUGGCCGCCUGAGGAAGAGUCACUGGCUGUGAUCGCCUCCAAGUAGGAUAUUUCUACAUCUUGAAGAUAAAGCAAAAAUCUCUGCAACAGAUGGAUUUUUGUCACUUUCUGUGAACUAAAGCGAUUCAAUGUCUCUUCUGAAUUGCUUCUGCACUUCACGAACACAAGUUGAAUCACUCAGACCUGAAAAACAGUCUGAAACUGGUAUCCAUCAAAACUUGGUUGAUGAGCCAACACGUUCCAGGUUGCCUCCAUCCACUGGACUCAGUGAAGUGAUCUGUUCCACCAAUAUUUCUCACUAUGAACUCCAAGUGGAAAUAGGAAGAGGAUUUGACAACUUGACUUCUGUCCAUCUUGCACGGCACACUCCUACAGGUACACUGGUGACUAUAAAGAUUACAAAUCUGGAAAACUGCACUGAAGAGCGCCUGAAAGCUUUACAGAAAGCUGUGAUUCUGUCCCACUUUUUCCGGCACCCCAAUAUUACAACUUAUUGGACUGUUUUCACUGUUGGCAGCUGGCUUUGGGCUAUUUCUCCAUUUAUGGCCUAUGGUUCAGCAAGUCAACUCUUGAGGACUUACUUUCCUGAAGGAAUGAGUGAAACUUUAAUAAGAAAUAUUCUCUUUGGAGCUGUGAGAGGGUUGAACUAUCUACACCAAAAUGGCUGUAUUCACAGGAGUUUUAAAGCCAGCCAUAUCCUCAUUUCUGGUGAUGGCCUAGUGACCCUUUCUGGCCUGUCCCAUCUGCAUAGUUUGGUUAAGCACGGACAGAGGCAUAGGGCUGUGUAUGAUUUCCCACAGUUCAGCACAUCAGUGCAGCCGUGGCUGAGUCCAGAACUGCUGAGACAGGAUUUACAUGGAUAUAAUGUAAAGUCAGAUAUUUACAGUGUUGGGAUUACAGCAUGUGAAUUGGCCAGUGGGCAGGUACCUUUCCAGGACAUGCAUAGGACUCAGAUGCUGUUACAGAAACUGAAAGGUCCUCCUUAUAGCCCAUUGGAUAUCAGUAUUUUCCCUCAGUCAGAAUCCAGAAUGAAGAAUUCCCGAUCAGGUGUAGACUCCGGGAUUGGAGAAAGUGUGCUUGUCUCCAGUGGAACUCACACAGUAAAUAGUGACAGAUUGCAAACACCAUCCUCAAAAACUUUUUCACCUGCCUUCUUUAGCUUGAUACAGCAGUGUUUGCAACAAGAUCCUGAGAAAAGGCCAUCAGCAAGCAGUUUAUUGUCUCAUAUUUUCUUCAAACAGAUGAAAGAAGAGAGCCAGGAUUCCCUGCUUUCACUGUUGCCUCCUGCUUCUUAUGAGCCACCAAUCACACUGCCUCUAGCAUCAGCUUGGACUAAGCCAGACCGUGAUUUUCAUGAUGAAAAAGACUCAAACUGGGAAUUCUAGGGCUGCCAAAUCCUUUUAUGUCCUAUAUACUUGACACUUUCUCCCUGCUGCUUUGCUUCCGUAUUACUAGGUACAAAUGCUAGAAUUAUACUUGAAAAUACAGUUGGUGCACUGGAGAGCCUGUUGUUUAAAACCACUCUAUUCAAAGGAGCACGAGUCUGUGGUCCCUUCAGUUAGCUCAGAGUGCUGUUACAACUCUAGCAAAACUUUAGAAUUAUGAAUCCAAUCACAUUUAGUGUCACCUAUUCUCAAAUUUUCCCCCCAAAGCUGUGACUAACUCUUUUUUUUAAAAAACUCUCAAUAUAGUUUUUGAGCCAGUUAAUUCUUUCAGCAUUUUGCUGCCCUCAGGGGAAUGAGCCCUCAAAGGACAGUGCUUCCAAGUACAUUUGUUUUCUUACUUCCAGAUUCUCUAGCCUUUUUGAUCAGCUAUUGUUAGACCAACAGGCUAGUUUAUCCUGGCAUCAAACUCUUUUCUGGUAACAGGGAGAAUGUUUUACUUUCCCAUUUUCUUCUGUUAAUAUGGUAAUAUCAAACUGAGCCUCACUCACAUUAAAUGAUUCACUUGAAAUA